GAAGAGUUUAACUCCAAAUGCUAUGUGUUUCUUCAAAUCUUUUUCAGAUAUGCGUUGGUUUGGGAAUGCUAUUCCACUCAUAUCCCGGGGGAAGAAGACCGUGAAGCAGCCUGUUUAUGUGGUGGAUGUGGCCAAGGCCAUUGUCAAUGCUAUCAGAGACCCGGAUGCUAAUGGAAAGACCUACGCUUUAGUUGGUCCAAACCGUUACCUCCUGCAUGACCUGGUGGAGUACAUCUUCGCAGUGGCACACAAACGUUUUGUGGCCUACCCCCUGCCCCGCCCACUAUACCAGUAAGUGCUUUAUAUAAGAAAACUAAUCA